GAGAAAGGCGUCUCUGAGAACAACACUGUGUGUGUCGUACGCUUUUUUACUGUAAUCAAAAUAAAAAAAUUUAUCGAAUUACGACAAUCUAUAAUAUCAGUUGUCUGUGUCGUGAAGGGAUUAUUUAGAUGAGUUCCUCCAGUUCCUCGCACAUGGCUAAUGGAGAAAAAAGCAUUCCUCUUUGGUAGAAUGAGAAAUGCAAUGAGGCAUGAUAGAAGAAAAACACGUUAGCUAGUUAUCAAAUCCUUCUUUAUUUCAUUAUUUGGAAAGAAAGAGAACAGAAUUUAUCGCAAACCAAAUUUUUAAAAAAGCCAAAAAUCAAGGCUCCAAAAAGCCAGAGGCAAUAGAGAAUCAAGGGCGUUUGUACAGUAUGAAAUAUUGUCCUUUUGCUCACAGAGUACGACUCAUACUCACUCUAAAACAAAUUCCUCAUGACAUUGUCAAUAUUAAUUUACAGGAUAAACCAGACUGGUAUUUCCAAAUUCAUCCAGAAGGCAAAGUACCAGCUUAUGUAGACACAGAUGAUGCAAUAAUAACAGAUUCUGUUACAAUAGCAAACUAUUUGGAUCAAAAAUAUCCUGCGCCUCCUUUAUACAACGAUAAAACAAAAAGUCGUGAUUUAGAACUAUUAGAUCAUUUUUCUAAGAUUAUAAACACUUUUUCGAAUUGCAUACAUGACAAAGAUAAGAGACAAUUUGAAGAAAUUGUAGUUGAAACAAAGGACAAUUUACAAGAAUUUGAGGAAGAACUUGGUAUACGUAAGACACCAUUUUUUGGAGGAAAUAAUCCUGGUAUGUUGGAUAUUCUUAUGUGGCCCUGGUUUGAGCGUGCAAAAGCUCUGACUAUACUUUACAAACGGCGUGCAAGUCUUGACAAUGAGAGAUUUCCUAAUCUUAUGGACUGGUUGGAUGAAAUGAAAGGUCAGUGGUUUAUUGAGGAACACAAAUGCUCUUAUGAAAAGUUUGCAAAAUUUAUAGAAGCUUCAAAAGCAGGAAACGUUGAUUAUGAUAAUAUUUAAACAUAUUUAAUAUAAUAUAUCAAAAAAAGAAUAAACCGCUGCAAGAAUAAACAGAAUUGCUUAAUUUAAAUGACAGAGAUUAACAUAAUAGCAUUAAAAUCAACAUUCCAA